GAGUUGAUGACCUUUGAAGAUGUAGCUGUGUAUUUUACAAAGAAGGAAUGGAAGCAGCUGACCCCUGAUCAAAGGCACCUCUACAGAGAUGUGAUGCUGGAGAAUUAUGAGAAUAUGGUUUCUCUAGGAGUUCCAGUCCACAAACCUGAUGUGAUCUCUCAGCUGGAACAUGGGAAAGAACCAUGGGUCCUGAAUCUGCAGAAAGCCGGUGAAAGAGAGGAGACCCUGAGAUACUUCAGCAUAGAUUGUGAGAGCCAGAGUGAGAACAAGAAGUCAUGUCAAAAAGGCAUUCCAAAAAAGAUAAAAUCACAUGGAGCACCACUGGCAAUGCCCUUAAAUAAUGUAACUCAGGAAACUCAUUUUGGAGAGGCUGGUGAAUCUGAGAGAAUUUUAAAGGGAAAUCAAGGAAACUCCACAGUGGUGAUUUUGAAGAAGUACUGUUGCCAAGAGAGAGGUUUCAGUAAAUUGGCUAUGACCCCAAAGAAAAAUGCAAUGGGAGGGAAUGCUGAAGAGCUGAAUAAACGUAGGAGAAAUUUAAGUUUGAAUUCAAACUCUGUUUCUCACCCAAGACAUACUGUAAGAGAGAAGACCCAUAAAUGUGACACAUGUGGCAAAAGUUUCCAAUAUAAUUCAGAUCUUAAUCUACAUCAGAGAAUUCAUACUGGAGAAAAACCCCACAGAUGUUGUGAAUGUGGAAAAAAUUUUAGUCGGAGCUCACACCUUAGGGAACAUCAAAGAAUUCAUACUGGAGAGAAACCCUAUAAGUGUAACAAGUGUUUGAAAGCUUUUAGUUGUAGCUCCCACCUUAUUCGACAUCAGUUAAUUCACAUUAGAGAAAAACCCUACAAGUGUGAUAAAUGUGGUAAAGCCUUUAGUCUGAAUUCACGACUUAGUCUACAUCAGAAAACUCACACUGGAGAGAAGCCAUUUAAAUGUAAUCAAUGUGGGAAAGGCUUCAUUCAGAGCUCACAGCUUAUUCAACAUCAGAGAAUUCAUACUGGAGAGAAACCCUAUGGAUGUGAUGAAUGUGGAAGAGCUUUUAGUCAAAGCUCACAUCUUAUUCAGCAUCAGAGAAUUCAUACAGGGGAGAAACCUUAUGCAUGUGAAGAGUGUGGGAAGACCUUUAGUCAGAGCUCACAACUUAAACUGCAUCAGAGAAUUCACACUGGAGAGAAACCUCACAAAUGUAAUGAGUGUGGGAAAUCUUUUAGUCAGACUUCAUUACUUAUUCGACAUAAGAGAAUUCACACUGGAGAAAAACCUUAUGAAUGCCAUGAAUGUGGGAAAGCCUUUCGCCAGAGUUCAACCCUUGUUCAACAUCGGAUAAUUCAUACUGGAGUAAAACCCUAUAAAUGUAAUAAAUGUGGCAAAGCUUUUGGUCGAAGUGCGUACCUCAUUGAACAUCAAAAAACUCACCCUGGAGAGAAAUCUCAUCAAAACGAUGACUAUAGGGUUAUCUUAGAUAGUUCAAAACUUAUUGAUAAGAGAAUCCAACCUGAAAAGUCCCCCAAAAUUAAUGAAUGUGGGAAAGCCUGCAGUGAGGGCUCAUUACCUAUUCAACACCAGAAAGUUCAUACCGGAGAGAAACCUUAUAAAUGUAAUGAAUGUGGGAAAACCUUCAGUUGGUAUACAUGUUUUGUGAAACACCAAAGAAAUCAUAUUGGGGGAAAAUCUCAACAUAAUAAGCAUGAGAAUGCUUCAAAUAUUUCAAGCUUUACUGAACACCAAAGAAUUAAUACUAUGGAUAAACCCCAUAGAUGUAAUGAAUGUGGGAAAAGCUUUGGUCAAAGCUCAUUACUUAUUCGGCAUCAGAGAAUUCACACUGGAGAAAAGCCCUAUGAAUGUCAUGAAUGUGGGAAAGCCUUCAGUCAGAGAUCAACUCUUGUGCAGCAUCAGAUAAUUCAUACUGGAGUAAAACCCUACAAGUGUCUUGAGUGUGAGAAAGCCUUCAGUAGGAGGGCAUACCUUAUUGAACAUCAAAAAUCUCAUAUUGGGGGGAAUUCAUAUCAGUAUACUAAUUAUGCUAAUACCUUAACUAGUUCAAGUCAUAGUGAAGAUCAAAUAAUUCAUACUGAAAAGAAACAUAAAUGUAAUGAAUGUGGUAAAGGUUUCAGCGAGAACUCAUUACUUAAUCAGCAUCAAAGUGUUCAUACUGGAGUGAAACCCUACAAAUGUGAUGAAUGUGGAAAAGCCUUUACUUGGAGUUCACAUCUUAUUUUACACCAGAGAAUUCAUACUGGAGAGAAGCCCUAUGAAUGUCAUGAAUGUGGGAAAGCCUUCAGUC